UCAAGCAAAGCAAGAGAAGGCACAUUGGCCCCUCCUUGAAAACUUCCACCUCAUAUCUCACUCAAUUAGACAAAGAAACAAACAAAGCAACAAGCAAUGGAAUUCAACACUUCAACUCCCUCUGCUUCUUCCCCUCCACUUUCAAUAUCCCAGCUUUCUUCUCCCACUGCCUCAUUUCCCUCUCCUAAUAAUUCUCUCCAAUUAUCUAAUUUAUCUUCUCCUAAUUAUGCUGUUAAGAAUAAUAAUAGUAUUAUUAACACUAACAGUAAUAAUCCAACCUCUCCUUCACCACCACCACCACCACCACCACCACCUGUUGUUCUUAGCCCAUGUGCUGCCUGCAAGAUUCUUCGCCGGAGGUGCGCCGAGAAGUGUGUUUUAGCUCCAUAUUUCCCUCCUACCGAGCCCCUCAAGUUCACUAUUGCCCACAGAGUCUUUGGAGCUAGCAACAUCAUCAAGCUCUUGCAGGAGCUUCCAGAGUCUCACAGAGCAGAUGCAGUGAGCAGCAUGGUUUAUGAAGCCAAUGCCAGAAUCAGAGACCCAGUGUAUGGCUGUGCAGGAGCAAUUUGCCAGCUCCAGAAAAAUGUCAGUGAGCUCCAAGCCCAACUGGCCAAGACACAAGCUGAGCUUCUCAACAUGCAAUGCCAGCAGGGCAAUUUGAUUGCUCUAAUUUGUAUGGACAUGGCACAAUCCAAAGACCCCAUUUUGCAGCAGCAGCAGCAACAACAGUCUUACCUUGACACAAGCUGCUUUCUGGAUGAGACCAAUUUGGGCACAGCUUGGGAGCCUCUGUGGACAUGAACAGUCAUUUGGGUCAUGGGUUGAUGUUACAUUUAAGCUUAACCUCCAAUUGCGGACGAGACAUUGAAAAAUAUACUUUGAAAAUUUCUUCAAUAAAGUUAUCAUUUGUUAAGGUUUAUAUAUAUAUAUAAAUAAAUAAAUAUUCUUGUAAUAUA